CUGCGUUGUUGCAUCAUCUCCAGGCAGCAGCCGCUCUGAAAGAAGGCUGGGCGCGGCACGGUCUGCUCAGCCUCGGCUCCAGCCCACAACCCACGUCUCUCUUCAUCUUUCUGGAAAUUGUUCCUGUAGGGACUCGCAGAGCUCCGGAGCCGCAGCUGGCGCAGGCCACUGUCUCAGCCUGAUCCAUUCAUUGGAAGCCGCUUUUUUUCUCUGAGUCCCAAGUUCCUUGCGUGCUGCAGCUUGGAGCGGCGGGCAGCGACAUGGAGAAGAGCAGCGAGACCAACGGCUACCUCGACGGCACCCAGGCAGAGCCUGCGGCCGGGCCCCGCACGCCCGAGAUGCCGGCUGGCAAAGCGCGGCGCUGCGCUGGCUUUUUUCGGCGCCACGCGCUGGUGCUGCUCACUGUGUCGGGGGUGUUGGUGGGCGCCGGCAUGGGCGCGGCGCUGCGCGGGCUGCAGCUCACCCGCACUCAGGUCACCUACCUGGCCUUCCCCGGCGAGAUGCUACUCCGCAUGCUGCGCAUGAUCAUCCUGCCGCUGGUGGUUUGCAGUCUGGUGUCGGGCGCCGCCUCCCUGGACGCCAGCUCCCUCGGGCGUCUGGGCGGCAUUGCGGUCGCUUACUUUGGCCUCACCACGCUGAGCGCCUCUGCGCUCGCGGUCGCUUUGGCGUUCAUCAUCAAGCCAGGGGCGGGCGCGCAGACCCUCCAGUCCAGCAGCCUGGGGCUGGAGGACUCGGCGUCUCCUCCGGUCUCCAAAGAGACGGUGGAUUCUUUCCUCGACUUACUCAGGAACCUGUUUCCUUCCAAUCUUGUGGUUGCAGCGUUCUCUACGUCUGCAACCAGUUACACGGUGGUGAGCCAUAACACCAGCUCCGGGAACGUGACCUUCGAGAAGGUCCCCAUCGUCACCGACAUUGAAGGGAUGAAUAUCUUAGGACUGGUCCUUUUUGCCCUGGUCUUGGGGGUGGCUCUAAAGAAGCUAGGCCCUGAGGGAGAAGAGCUCAUCCGAUUCUUCAAUUCCUUCAAUGAGGCAACGAUGGUGCUGGUGUCCUGGAUUAUGUGGUACGUACCUAUAGGCAUCACGUUCCUGAUUGGAAGCAAGAUUGUGGAAAUGAAGGACAUCAUCAUGCUGGUGACCAGCCUCGGGAAAUACAUCUUCGCGUCUAUCCUGGGCCACGUUAUUCACGGAGGAAUUGUCCUGCCUCUUGUCUAUUUUGCUUUUACACGAAAAAACCCUUACAGGUUCCUCCUGGGCCUCCUCACACCGUUUGCGACGGCUUUUGCCACCUGUUCCAGCUCGGCCACCCUUCCAUCCAUGAUAAAGUGCAUCGAAGAAAACAACGGCGUGGACAAGAGGAUCAGCAGGUUCAUCCUGCCCAUCGGGGCCACCGUGAACAUGGACGGAGCCGCCAUCUUCCAGUGUGUCGCGGCCGUGUUCAUCGCUCAGCUCAACAACGUGGACCUGAAUGCGGGCCAGAUCUUCACCAUCCUAGUGACUGCCACGGCGUCCAGUGUUGGAGCAGCAGGUGUGCCCGCUGGAGGGGUCCUCACCAUUGCCAUUAUCCUAGAGGCCAUUGGAUUGUCCACAGAUUACCUCUCUCUGAUCCUGGCUGUGGACUGGAUUGUGGACCGGACUACCACGGUGGUGAAUGUGGAAGGGGAUGCCCUGGGCGCCGGAAUCCUCAACCACCUGAACCAGAAGGCAGUGAAGAAAGGCGAGCAGGAGCUGCAGGAAGUGAAGGUGGAAGCCGUUCCCAAUUGCAAGUCUGAGGAGGAGACAUCGCCUCUGGUGACACACCAGAACCCAGCAGGCCCCGGGGCCGUUGCUCCAGAACUCGAAUCCAAGGAGUCGGUUCUGUGAUGGGGCUGGGCUUGGGCCAGCCUGCUAGUUACCAGCAACCCACCCUGGUAGCCUGCCCCAUUAUUUAGACGUGGGCAUGGCCCUCACAGACUUUUCAUCUCCCAGGCGAUGCUUUGGCCCGGUCACCAAUUUGAGGGCCAGAUUCUCAGCCCAGGCAUUGGGCUCCCGGGCCAGGACUGAUUACUGAGGACUAGAACACUCUGGCAUUUGUCUUGAUCCAUGUCUCGGUGGAGCUAUAGGUACACCUUGGCUCUAUUUGGAAACCCCCUUGAGCUGCCAGGCCUGGGGAGGAUUCCAGGUUCUUGGAGGCCUGGGGGUAAAGGUCAGGGGAAUGCAGAUGUGUUCUUCAUUAUCCCUGGCUAGCUCUGCAUCUGGUGCUUCCUGGGCAAGCCAGAGGGGUUUGUGAUUGUCUGUCACACUGUCUCAUCAGCAGUAGACGUUGAAGAUGUUUCUGGACGCAGACUGGCUGGACUCUGACGAGCCAGCACUCAGGUUAGAGAGUUGUGCCCCACCUGUGUGCGUGACUCCCGAGGGACCAGAGGUGCUGCCCAGUGUCAAGUGAGAUAUACUCCAAGGGGUGGUGAGCGCAGCUGGGGUCUCAGCUUGAGUAAACCAUUUCAAUUCUGAGGCCAGGGGAAAGACUAUGGAGCACCCUCAUUAGGACAAGACAGAACUGGUCCCGUUCUAGACCUCCUUUUCUGCCUCCUCCUGAGGCGUGGGCCUCCGCCAGCGCGUCCCUGUUUCUCUUCUGACUUGGCAGCAGACCUAAGACCUCUUUCUCUGGAGGGGUGGGGUGGUCACUGCAUCGCUGACCCAUAGUGGUUGGUCAGUGUAUUACUACAGUUUGACUAGGUCCUCCCUAAAGCACUGCAGAGCAGCAAAAUCAUAUACUUCCCCAACAAACCCACGCACUAAUCGAGGGGGGCUCUGCCCGGGCCCCUGGCUUUGGUUUCCACAGUGUACGGCCUGUGGUAAGUCCUGGGUCUGAUGUUAUCUGCCUCUUACCUGCUUCGUUGGGAUCUGGUAAGGCGAACGGGAAAGCGGUGGAAAUGGCCAUUUUGCCUCUCGGAAGUCACGUUCAAACGUCUGUAAGUGCCCAGUUUUCCCGGGAGACAGCUUUCUCCAUGGAGGCUGCCUACUGGUGUGAGCGGCUCUCCUGAACGGGGCCAUGUUCUCGUCGUACUUCAGAACUUGCCUUCUGAAGAGUCGUGAUAACAUUCCAUGCAGCCUCUGCGCUGGUACCCACCUUCUACCACAUUUCUGGGUGCCCGACUCCGUUGCUACUUCUCAACCCACAGUUCUGUCCACUCUACUCAUAAUAGGAGCUUAAGCCCCACGCAUCCUCUUGUUUUCCCUGGCCUGUGUAUCACUGGGCCCCACGUACUUGGGACAGAGGCCAUUUUAAAUUGCGGCCUGUGCUGAGUGAGGGGAUGGGGAAGGUCCAUGAGGAACAGAGCCCAAAGUGAGAAGGCCCAGCCCUUUAAACCCACGGAACCACUCCACCCUACUGUGGGAGUGACCAGGGACUGAGUGGAGAGUGGCCAGACCUUGUUGCCAACACUGUUUUUUAAUGGGGAAUCAAUCCCACCGUUUGAUUACAAAUGAGCAUUUGAUGUUUUUUAA